AGUCAAAGCUUCCGCAUUGUCUCUCGGCAGGUCGUUCCAAAGCCGAGGGUCCUGACAGAGAAGGUCUGGUCACUCUUGGAUUUAAGUCUCGACUUCAGAACGAUCAGGAGGGACCCAUCCGAGGAUCUAAGGCUGCCCGGGAUGGACUUCGUGUUCACAUCGUGUUACAGAGACACAGUGUCUGACGUUUCUGCUGCAGCUCGUUCAGGCUCUAGGAAGAGGGUGAGGAGGCUGAUAAAAAGAGGAUGCAAUGUCAACGCUCGAGACAACCGCGGCUGGAACGCUCUGCAUGAGGCGGCGGCAGCUGGCAGCAAGGCGUGUGCACUGGAGAUUCUGUCUGCUGUCCGCGGAAUCUCCCUGGGCAGAUGUCGCUCCUAUGUGAACUGUUUGACUCAUGAAGGGGAAUCUGCGUUGUACCUGGCAGCGCAGCGUGGACACCUGGCCGUGGUCCGACUCCUCCUCAAAGCACGCGCCAACAUCAACGAGCUAACCAAUGACUUGUCCGGUCCUUUAUACGCAGCUGUCGACGGCGGCCACAAGGACAUCGUGGAGCUGCUGGUCAGUAAAGGUGCAGAGGUGAACAGAACGCACACCGCGUCCUGCUGGACCUGCCUUCAUCAAGCUGUUUAUAAGGGUCACAGUGAAAUUGUGCGCAUUCUUGUGAACGUUGGCAACCUGGAGGCUUUAGACGACCACAAGAUCUCACCACUGUUUCUAGCUGCUCAGUACGGGCAGAGGGAAUGUCUGGAAAUACUCGUUAAUGUUGGUGCCAAUGUGAACGCCCAGGCAGCGGACAUGGCGACACCGCUGCUGAUCUCCUCUCAGGAGGGCCACCAGGCUUGUGUGGAUUUUCUGCUGGACCACGGAGCAGAUCCUAACAAAGCCUGCAGUACCGAGUGGCCCCAGCUUCCCAUUCAUGCCGCCGCUGAGUUUGGCCACAUCGGUGUCCUCCAGAGGCUAAUAGCUGUUACGGAUCGGGUGUGUGGCCACGGUGACGGCAUGGUGAGUCCGCUGUACCUAGCCGUCCAGAACGAUCAGACCAGAAGCAUCCAGGUGCUGCUGAGGGAAGGUUACAGCCCAGACGCCCAGGACUGCACACACACCCUGAGCCUCCGAUCACCGCUCAGCUUGGCCCUGGAUCGCUCAUCUAACAAGCCGUACAGCGAAUCGGUGAAAUUGCUGGUGGCUGCGGGGGCAAAACUGAGCGAGGACGACUGGAUUUAUGCUUUGGCCGCUGACGGUACAGACCUGCUGCAGCUCAUCCUGGAGCACAGAUGGAUUCCUCGACCGGAGGCUUUGACCACUGACUGUUCUAUACCUCAGCGUCGUGGAAAAAAUGUUUUAAAGCUCCAAGAACUGAGGGAGCUGCUCUGUGUGGCACUAAACCAAGUAGAUUUUGCCGCCUGCUGGCUCCCUCUGCUUUUAAAGACGGGCCUGGAACCGUCUUUGCUGCUUCACCCCCACAUGCUGGAACAGGCAGACAGUGAGGUGUUGAAUUACCUACUGGAGUUUGUAAAUUGGUCCACUCUUUCUCCAUCUUUGAAACUUAUUCUGGACCGAAGACAGGCACAAAAAACCUGGGAACCCCGUUUACAUUUUGACUCUGUUCCAAGCCUCGCCCAUCUCUGCCGGCUGCAGGUUCGGGUAAUGUUGGGACCAGAUCUGCUGAUGAGGACCAGUGUUGUCCAGCAGCUCCCGGUGCCCUCCUUGCUUCACGACUUCCUCAAAUUCAACGACAUCCCAGAACCUUCCUACACACGCUCAGCGCCAUCGGCAAUUUCAGAACGAAUUUAUGAGUAUCAACGCACACAUCAGCACCGACAUGUUGUGUAGCUGUACCACCCACCCAAACGUUGCAGACCAAGCAAAGUUCCUGCUUAAGGAGUCCAAAGUACCCAGAUCUUUAUCUCACCUGGCAUCCAAAGCUGCAGGAUGUGCUGGAUCAAGCCCGAUCCAUGGAGGUACCACCCCAGUGACCCACAGGACCAAGAUGACCGGCUGCCAACAUCACAGUGCCAGACACCGCAGAACACCUCCAGAGGACCUCCAGAGCUGUGCUUUUAAGGCCGACGGAUCAGUAGAUAAGGCUGUGUGAUGUUUAGACUGAGUGUAUAUAUUCAAAACCCAAGAAUCUUAUGUUUUUAUAGUUGCACCAUUCCAUCAAAUGUAAAUGUUUGAGUUUUGUGCAUGAUUUUGUACAUGUUCCCUCAAAAAUAUUUAAAAUAAAACAAUUAAAAUAUUA